CACUAUCCUACUCGCACAUACAACAUAAAUUAAGUCAGUUGUUAUUGUUAUUUUGUAUUUCAUUUAAUUUAUAAAGGAAACUGAGGCUUGCAGACAAGAAUGCAGUCUUAUGGGGAUCCGGGAAACAAUUGUCAAAACAACAAAUCGGGAGAGCGAGCCGUAUUUGAGAAUCCUAGCACCCAGCACCCGUGGCUAUUGGAUGGUAUGCCGUGGAUGUUGGCUACUAUUAGUGCCCCACAUGUAAUGCAAUUUGGAUCAAACACCAAUUGUAAUGUAGAGACUGAGACACAAUGUGGCAAGUGGCAACAAAAACGCAAGUCUCUCGACCAACUGACUUCCGUUCUGCCUUCUAAACAGUUAAUCACCGAGGAGCGCAUAACCGCCCACUUUAGUGGUUUGCAAAUUUCAGGAGAUGCUAAUGGAGUAGCCGCUGUGAGAAGUGCCGGGAACAACAACAGUAUCCAAACUGUAAAUGGCGGAUUGGCCACAGAUGACAUACCAUCUACUAGCACAGGAAAAACACACCAUCCCAAUCCGGCUUACCAAAUGGCCGCUAUGGAAUUGGAACAAAAACUUCGCAAUGCAAACCGUAUAGUUAUAUGUGAUGAACUUAAACAAAACGUUAAUCCUGCGACGGCCCCACCUGUGUGGCUGCUUAAGUCCAUCCCACGACCGUGUACAGCAUUAGUUCCAUGGCAGCCAAACCCAUUGCAGGUCCAAAUUUCCAAGGAGCACUGUCCUCAGCAGGAUCAUAGUAAACAAGCGGCGGGAGAAGAUGUUGGUCAACUUGACGAUUACGAUGAUGAAUUACAUUUCUUUGCGAACAAUAACACAUGUAACGUGAAUAUAAAUAAGUCUGCCGAGCAAAUGGACGAAGAUCUGUAGCUCCAACUUAGUGGAAAUGAGAUAAUUAAGAAUGUAGUAUUAAGUACAUUUACCAGCAUGUCUGUUACUUAACAAUUUUUAAUAUAAUCGUUUUACAGUGAAAUAAUAUUAAUCAAAU